UGGACAUGACUGUGGACGACGGGUUGUUGUCAUCUACAGACGGUACUGACACGUGGGGCCCAGAGUAAACGGCACUGACACCGACCAGGGAUCCGGCGGCUCCGGCCGGAGUCCAAACGGGUCGCCCUCGCAUCCACCUGGCCCACCCGCGAUCCGCAACACAGGGACACCGCCGGGGGCACAGCGCGCAAGAUGAGCAGCGGCGGCGGCGGCAGCGACAGGCCCGCCUCGGGCGCCGGCGGGACGGUGAAGACGCCAUCGGACUUCCUCAAGUCCAUCAGGGGCCGCCCCGUCGUUGUCAAGCUCAACUCCGGCGUCGACUACCGAGGUAUUCUGGCAUGUCUUGAUGGAUACAUGAACAUUGCGAUGGAGCAAACUGAAGAAUACGUCAAUGGUCAGCUAAAGAAUAAAUACGGUGAUGCCUUCAUGAGAGGAAAUAAUGUUCUGUACAUCAGUACAUCCAAGCGUACCCUUACCGACAGUUAGUGCGAUGGUGAAACAGUUGGCAUCUUCAGGGCCCGUCUUGCAACUUGAUCAUUUAUGAGAGACUUAAAUAUAUUGUACCUUUUCCCCUUUUUUGUUCUCAUUAUUAUUUCCAUUCAUCCGGCGAAAGAGUUGCAAAAAGAAAAAGAGGAACAUAAAUGAGUUGUAUCGUCAUCGACAACCAUGUUCGAUGUUAAGCAGAAUAGCAGUGAACAACACCAUCCACAUAUUGUGCUCUCAAGAUAUCUGGUGAUAAUUGAACCUUUAGCGAUACUGAUAAGGUACCACUGUCUACUACUGAAACGUCUGUAUCUCAAUUAUUUUGUAAUCCAAUACGAGAUUACCAAUCUGUGGAUAACUGCAAAUUCACUAGACAUCAUUAUCA